CAGCCUUCGCCCUCCCAGCUCCUUCCCGCGUCGUCUUCCCUUCCCGCGUUCCCCGGGAGAAACAUGGCCGGGAGCAGCGAGGAGGCGCCAGACUACGGGCGAGGCGUCGUGAUUAUGGACGAUUGGCCAGGGUAUGACUUGAAUUUAUUCACGUACCCACAGCACUAUUAUGGAGACUUGGAAUGUGUCCUCAUCCCUCAUGGCAUCAUUGUGGACAGAAUUGAGCGGCUGGCCAAGGAUAUUAUGAAAGACAUAGGAUAUAGUGACAUCAUGGUCCUGUGUGUGCUUAAAGGAGGUUACAAAUUCUGUGCUGAUCUCGUAGAACACCUUAAGAACAUCAGCCGAAAUUCAGAUCGAUUUGUCUCUAUGAAGGUUGAUUUCAUCAGACUAAAAAGUUACAGGAAUGACCAGUCCAUGGGUGAGAUGCAGAUAAUCGGAGGCGAUGAUCUUUCAACACUGGCUGGAAAGAAUGUUCUCAUUGUUGAGGAUGUCGUCGGAACUGGGAGGACCAUGAAAGCACUACUCAGCAAUAUAGAGAAAUACAAGCCCAACAUGGUUAAGGUAGCCAGUUUGUUGGUGAAGCGAACACCCAGAAGUGACGGCUUUAGACCUGACUAUGCUGGAUUUGAGAUUCCAAACUUAUUUGUGGUGGGAUAUGCCUUAGAUUACAAUGAAUACUUCAGAGAUCUGAAUCACAUAUGCGUCAUCAAUGAGCACGGUAAAGAAAAAUAUCGAGUCUAAAGACAAGAAUUCUUACCACUAAAGUCCCAGAUAACAUCAUACUUACGCCUGUUCUCGGGAAGCCAGCUGUCAAGUUUGUCUCCCCAGGCAUCUUCACUCAGCAGGAUAUAAAAGAAAAAAAUGUUCAAAUGAGAGAGCUUUCUUUUCUGAGGUUAAUAUAAAGAGUAUCAAAGGUUCUUAAGGGAAAGAAAGCAGUGCUUUUAUUUGACUUGUUCCAAAUUAAACACUCCGCCUUGUGACUCA